AUGGUUCAGGACGGACUCAAGAGCAAGGGCUUCGCCGAGUCUGAUGGCUCAUCGGAUGAGUCCGACUGGGACGACGCCGAGCCCGAGGAGGAAGAGACUGUAGCAUUCAUUUCUCUGCUCGACGACUCAGUCUUCCACAACAUGAACGACAUGCUGCAGCACUGUCGCGAGAAGCACAACUUUGACCUCCUCGCUGUCCGUCGCCGUCUCGGCCUCGACUUUUUUGGCACGGUUAAACUUGUUAACUUUAUUCGUCAACUUGUUCACGACGGCGCUACCUUGCCCGAAGCCAUCUCCGCCGAUGACAUUGCUGAUGAUCGCUUUAUGAAGCCUGUCAUCGAGGAUGAUGCCUUGAUAAUGGCACUCACCGAGUUGGACCUGGGCGAUGAGCAUUCAGAAGCCAUCCAGCAAGACGCUAAGCCGUCUUCUUCGCGGGAAGUCCAAUUGGCAGAGGAGCUCGAGAAGCUCAAAUCGCAGUUCGCCAGCUACCGCGCUGCUGUCGAGCAGACCCUCGAUCAACGCUGGGGAGACGACACUGCUAUUGCCACACAAGACGAUAGCUCGCGGGACGUUGACAAUAAGGGAGCUCGGAAGGACGAAUCUCAGUACUACUGGGAGUCUUACGCCGCUAACGAUAUCCACGAGACCAUGUUAAAGGAUAAGGUCCGGACUGACUCAUACCGCGACUUCGUCUAUAACAACAAGUCUCUCUUCAAGGACAAGAUCGUACUAGACAUUGGUUGCGGUACCGGUAUCUUGAGUAUGUUCUGCGCCAAAGCCGGCGCGAAGCAGGUCUUUGCCGUUGACAAGUCGGACAUCAUCGAUAAGGCCCGGGAGAACGUCUUCGUCAAUGGGCUCGCAGACAAGGUCACCUGCAUUAGAGGUAGAGUCGAAGACAUCAGCCUCCCUGUCGACCAGGUCGACAUCAUCAUCAGUGAGUGGAUGGGCUACUGUCUACUCUACGAGGCCAUGAUGAAUAGUGUCCUCGUCGCCAGGGACCGCUUUCUGAAGCCCGACGGUCUCAUUGCCCCGAGCAUCUCGACCAUUUGGAUGGCCCCCGUAUCGGACCCUGAAUACGUCACUGAUUUCGUCACCUUCUGGGACGACGUCUACGGCUUCGACAUGAAGUCGAUGAAGGCUGGCAUUUACGACGAAGCCCGUAUCGAGAUUAUGCCUGAGGACUGCAUCUGUGGCACCCUCUCGCAGAUCUCGUACAUUGAUCUGCACACCGUCAAGGUCGAAGACCUCGACUUUGAGGCUCAGUGGAAAAUGACGUUAUCUAAAGAUAUCCCAUCGCUGGAUGGUUUCCUGAUCUGGUUCGACAUCUUCUUUACUACUUCUCGCAACGACACGAUCCCGGCUGGCCUGCAGGUCAAGACUGGCGAGACGGGUGUGACCCGGCCCGGCGAAGUAGCCUUCACCACCGGGCCCUUGGGUCCCGACACCCACUGGAAGCAGGGUUUUCUGAUGAGCAAGUAUCUCGAGGAGAACAUUGGUGCUCAGGCUGGGGCCGAAAUCUCUGGUCGUGUUGUCUUCAAGGCGCCCGAAAACAACCCCCGCGCGCUGACCAUCACCAAUACGUGGACUGCGCCUACUCAGGAGACGAAGACGCAGCUUUGGAGGCUGAGAUAA